UCGAACUGCAUUCCCCAUGAGGCUGCGCGUAUUCUCAGCGCGUGAGAGAGUGGGUGAACGCUGAGGGUCGCGGCAAAACGUUUGUCAUCUUUUCGUUUUUAACUGAAUGUUUCACCCAGCACCAGGACAAGUCGUCGAGGGAACAGCUGAUCAUCGCCUCCCAGCCUCGGCAAACUUUCAGUCAGAUAUGAGCGGCAGCGGGCGGCCCAGGACGAGCUCGUUCGCUGAGCCUCAGGGGGCGUCCGGAGCCGCUGCAGCAUCCGCCGGAACCACCGCUGUCGUGGGGAGCAACGCAGGAAAGUCCGGGGUCUCACAGGCCUCGGCGGAUAGUUCAUCGGCUUGCUCAAAUUUAAAACUAGCCAGAGAUAGUGGGAAGGUGACCACAGUGGUUGCCACCCCAGGCCAGGGCCCGGAUCGCCCGCAGGAGGUGUCCUAUACUGAUAUCAAGGUGAUCGGUAAUGGCUCCUUUGGCGUGGUGUACCAGGCACGCCUCAUUGACAGUCAGGAGUGGGUGGCCAUCAAGAAGGUACUUCAGGAUAAGCGAUUUAAGAAUCGAGAACUACAGAUCAUGAGAAAACUGGACCACUGCAAUAUAGUGAGGUUGCGCUAUUUCUUCUAUUGCAGUGGAGAGAAGAAGGAUGAGGUAUACCUCAAUCUGGUGCUGGAAUACGUGCCCGAGACUGUCUACAGGGUGUCACGACACUUCAGCAAAGCUAAAGCCAUUAUUCCAAUCUUUUAUGUGAAGGUGUAUAUGUAUCAGCUUUUCCGCAGUUUGGCAUACAUCCAUUCCCAAGGUGUGUGUCACCGAGAUAUCAAACCACAAAACCUUCUGGUGGACCCAGAAACAGCUGUUCUCAAGCUCUGUGACUUUGGCAGUGCAAAGCAGCUGGUGAGGGGUGAGCCUAACGUCUCUUAUAUCUGCUCACGAUACUAUCGCGCCCCUGAGCUCAUCUUUGGUGCGACAGACUACACCUCCAACAUUGACGUCUGGUCAGCUGGAUGUGUGCUGGCCGAACUGCUGCUGGGGCAGCCCAUCUUCCCUGGAGACAGUGGUGUGGACCAGCUAGUGGAGAUCAUAAAGGUACUUGGAACACCCACAAGAGAACAGAUCCGUGAAAUGAACCCGAACUACACUGAGUUCAAAUUUCCACAGAUCAAAGCACAUCCAUGGACCAAGGUGUUUAAACCAAGAACUCCUCCUGAGGCAAUAGCCCUGUGCUCUCGGCUGUUAGAGUACACACCAGUGACACGACUGUCCCCGCUUCAGGCUUGCGCUCACACCUUCUUUGAUGAGCUGCGCCAACCUGGCACCCGUCUGCCCAGCGGUAGAGAGCUGCCUCCACUUUUCAACUUCACCAUGACAGAGCUGAUGAUUCAGCCCCAGCUCAAUUCCACUCUCAUUCCACCUCAUGCCCGUGCACAAACCGUAGCAUCCUCCAACGAUGGCUCUGAAGGUUCUGUACAGCCUGGAUCUACUCUGACCAACAGCACCUGAGGCUGUGACUCAAAAAACAAGCUUGCACACCACAGCAUCUGAGCCACCACAGUGCACAUCUCUCCCUCUGACAAACACAUACACAGUCCUACACCCUCUUUACCUCAUAGACGGCUUCUCCUCCCUAUAGCUCUAAUUCACACAUUUACAGACUGAUUCAGGUGUCGCGCGCUUCAGAAUUACCAGUGACUGCACGGCAGUCUGGAAAGCCUGAUGUUUGCUGACUGUCUACUGAGAACCGUACUGUACACACACACACACACACCGACACACUGCCAUGUACAUGCAACAAACAACAACAAACAGAAUUAUACUGCUAAUAUUUGCUUCAGAUAAUAGAGGUAGUCAAUAUCGAGCCCAGAACGGCUGCGUAGGCCCGUAGCAAAGCUCACACGCAUCCAUAACGCAACACCACACGUGCUUUGGAGGUCAAAUGCGAUUGGUUCAGUGGCUAGGGGCAGGUCCUCUGUCUAAUUUUUAUCUUAAUUUAUUUAAAUUAACAUUUACAGUGGAUGUUUUACCUUGAUUUGUUGAGCAGUAACGCUCACUCAUCCCUCUCAAUCUCCCUAUCUGAGGUAUAAUACAUUUCGCAGGGAACAAGCAGUCACGGUAAAUUAUGUAUCUUGUUGUAAAUGUCAAGCAAAAGAGGCGGGACUAAAUGUUGUGGGUUUUAUACAGUUAUUUUAAUAUCUUGCUUUUACCUUCCAGUAAAUGUAUUUAUGGUUUUCAAAUGCCGAAUUGGAGGGACUUUUGAGAAAGCAUCUGUAGACCUUUCCUUGUGGAACAAAGGCACAGCGAAAAAGAGAUAGUUGGGAAACAGUUAAACGUUAUUGUUGACCAUAAAGAAGGGAAAGAAUGAUUGAGAGACGUAUGCAAGACAAUAGCAUAUUAAUAUUGUUGUACUGAAGUGACUUUAUAUUCCUGGGCAUUAUCAUUAACUUUUAAUGAUGCUCCGGGUCUAGGCUUUUUAAUUUAUGCUUGUGAGAUUACAAAGUCUUCAUCCGUUCAAAGUCGUUUUUAAAUGACAUCAGGCCUGGAGACUGAACCAUGCAUCAUAAUUCAGUGUUUCAGAACGUUUCCUUUCUGUUUUAGCAUUUCAGUCAACAUCAUUUUUCUGAUCAAUUAAGCUACUCUUAUAUUUAAAGGCCUUUGUGGUAGAACAGUUCUAUAAAAUGUUUUGUGAAAUCUCCACACGAGUUUAGAAUCGUAACGUUAAAUGGUCUCAGUCAAUCGUAUCGAUCCACAAAAUGACCGCUAUCUUUUCUUUUCUUGAGAACACGUGUUAGCUUCUCAAUAAACCCUGUUCUGAGCCCCUCAAAAAGGCCCAUCUUCCAACUCUCUGUGAUGUUCAUGCUAUUCUCCUGUUCUGUUUCCUUUUUUUUGUUUUUGUUUUUCGUUCAGAGGGUGUGCUUUGACCAGGUUUGCUCCACCCAUCUUUAUGUAAAUAUACUUUGGUUUUUAAGCCCUGUGCAGGAUGUAAAUAUCAACACUGUACCACUUUUGUGUUUUCAUUGAUGUCUUUCUCUCCCUUCAUCUCUCUUGGGCUGUCUUCCCUUAGCUUUUGAAGAUCUCCGCGUUCAUUUUGUUUGUCAUUUACAGUAUUUAUUGUUUUUGCACUGCAAUGUUGGGGCUGAAAGUUUCACUUUUCUGUGAAAUAGUAACUCUUAUCAGCGUACUGUAUGUCAGUUCAUAAGCUCAGCACUUAGUUUGGGAAGGAAAUGGAGUAAAACUUGAGGUGCAUGUCCAACAGGGUCAUGCUUUGUUCUCGACUUGGCGAUUUGAGCACAUUUUUGCAAAGGUGCAAUAGAAGUCAUGCUCUUACGGUCUGUUUUUCAUGAAAAGGACGCUCUCUGAAGCGAAUCAAUUGCCUGAAAUACUGUGGCGGUUUUGCAAAUCUGGCUUGAAGCCUCAAAGACAAUGGAAUGUGUUUAUUCUUUAAUCUGACAUCUGUGAAUCAAGCCCACAGCAACAUGUAUGUGUGCUCUUAGAAAAAUGUGAAUUAUUAUAAUUUUUUUUAUAU